AAAUUCCCUUACCGCUGCUUCCUUUUUCUUCACUCUCUCUCUUACCUCUGUCUUUCUCUCUUUCUCUCUUUCUCUCUCUUCUCUUCUGUUCUCUGUCUGAGUCUCUUGUUAAGGGACCACCGUACAUAGUUAAAGAACAAUGGCGGUAGAAACGUUUCAUGUGCGUAAACGAGGAAUGGCCGGCGGCGCCGGCGAUAAUGAGACGAUGAAGGUGGUGCCGCUUGUGAAGGAGGUUCAUUUCAGAGGUGUCCGGAAGCGUCCUUGGGGACGAUACGCUGCCGAGAUUCGAGAUCCAUGGAAGAAGACGAGGAAAUGGCUAGGUACCUUCGAUACGGCAGAGGAGGCAGCUAUGGCUUAUGAUGAAGCUGCAAGGAGUCUCCGUGGACCUAAGGCUAAAACUAAUUUCGGCCACGGAGGUCUCGCUACCACCACCGGAUCUGUUGCUUCGUCCGGAACUUUCCAGAGACCCGUACAGUUACAGGAUUGGCGUCCUUCUUAUGUUACUGCUGAUGGUCGGAACUUAGUCUCCGUUGUUGGAUCUCCGGCGGAACUUUCGGCGAGUUCUGGUUUUACUGGAUAUAGUUUUGAGGCUGUGGAGAUGGUGGUGAGGAACGAGAAAGAGAAGAUUAAGGAGGAGAAGAAGAAGCCUUUGUCCUUUGAUCUCAACUUCCCUCCACCUCUUUUCUGAUGGUGUAAAUGUACAUGCCUGCCUUCGAUAUCACCGGCGCCAUCUAGUGUUACUCAGUUUCGAUUUUCUUCAACCGUUUUCUACCUCCGUCGUUUAGAUCUAAUCUAUAAUCUAAUUUCCUAUUUUUGUACAGUUAUAGAGAAUUACUCUUUGAGAUGUGAUCGAAGACAUGAAAUUGGAAUAGAAAAGGAAUUGAUACCCUUGAUUUGAUC